AUGAAGCCGAAGACGAUCUCAGCAGCGACACACAGCGCUGCGGCUGUACGUGUGCCAGUUUUCACUGACCUACAAAAGCUCUUCUGUCAAAUUCAAACCACCAGCGUCGUUCCAGUAUAUAUUUGUAAUUGCAAUUAUAUUACAAAUAAAUUAUAUCAGUCUUGUUCAUGUUCAGUGCAUUAUCCAGACGAUCCACCCCGAAUUCUUUUGGUUGGAAAAACCGGGGUGGGAAAAAGUGGAACAGGCAACACAAUCCUGGGACAAAAGGUUUUUAAAUCAGAGAUUUCUUCCUCUUCUGUGACUGGACAAUGUGAAAAAUUUCAUGCAGUUAUGAAUGGCAGAAAAGUGUCCGUCAUUGACUCUCCAGGUUUGUUUGACACUAGCCUAACCAAAGAGGAAGUGGUCAACAGAAUUAAACGCUGUAUUCCUCUCUCUGCUCCUGGUUCACAUGUCUUCUUAGUUGUGAUUCAGCUGGGCAGAUUCACAGAUGAAGAGGCAGAGGCUGUUAGAAUCAUUCAAGCCGUUUUUGGUGAGGAAUCUUCCAUGUACACCAUGGUACUUUUCACUCAUGGAGAUGAAAUUAAGGGGAAAAAUAUUCACACAUUUGUGCGGGACAGCCCAAAACUGGUCAAUAUCAUUAAAAACUACAGUGGAAGAUUCCAUGUGUUCAGUAAUGAAGCAAAGAAUCCAGAACAGGUCGUUCAGUUGUUUGAACAGAUUGAUAAAAUAGUCACUGGAAAUGGGGGGCAACAUUACACCAAUGAGAUGCUUGACACUGUAGAGAGAGCGAUUGAGGUGGAAAAAUUUCACAUCCUAAAAGAGAAAGAGGAGGAGGAGGAGAGACAGAAGGAAAUAGAUGGUCUGAGGGAUAAACUUGUAGGAGAAGCAUUUGAAAAAGCAAAAGAACAACUGGAAAAUGAGUAUGAACAGCAGGCACGAUGGCAAGCUGAGAAAAACAUUGUUCAUAUUCGCAAUGGAAGGUUUUCUUUUCUUAAUGAUGUCAUUAAGAACUUUUUUCUUCAAUAA